CCUCUCGAUCGGCCAAGCUGUCAGGCAUUCCUACCUGUGCUUGGAUCUACCUGGGGUGAUUGUUUGAAUUACUUGCUGUUAAUGAUCUUUUGUACAGGACAGUGUAUGUGAAUCAGUGCAAAUAUCCUCCUGGUCAAUACUGGACUUAACAGGAGGAUGGUUUACCUGGAUCAUCAGGUCACUGCUGACAGGAUUAUACAGAUUUUCAUUUCUGAUCCUGCACCUGUAAUCGUCACCCCAAAGAAGUCAUCAUGCUUCAUUUAGUUGAAGCAAGGGCCCCCUGGACACUUUCUGACCCAACCAGGCAACUAGAUGAUCAUCUGUUACACUUACAAUAUAUCAACCAACAAUAUUUGAGGGAGUCAGUUCCAUGUCUGUCAAUUUUUGUGGAUGCUACAAUAAUGUGAACAAUUGUGUUUUGUAACCUGCUGUUUGUGGACAGUGUAUAAAAGUCAUUAUGGGUCAGUCAGGCAGUGCUCAGCUUGAGACCCUUCCACAUUAUGUCCAGGCUCAGCCUCUUCCUGUGAAAAAGGUGCCUCCUCCUCGUCCAUCAUCUCCACCCAAGCGACCUCGCACUCCAUCCAAGAACCCUAAGUAUGCUGUGCCUGAGAAUAGGGUUCUUCCUGUUGGAGAACUGCUUCAAAGGAAACUCCGACCUGUGUCACAGGAAAUGUCAAAGCAGCAUCCCGAGUUUGCAGAUUUGUUCCCCAAAAGUGACUCAGAUAAAGUCGGGCAGAGAGAUGGGGAGGAGGAUAUGGAUGUUAGUGAUGACAAUGCCAAGAUAAGUGAUAAAUGUGAGAGAUCACUGACCAGUGGAGGCAGGGAUGUGAAUGUAGUUGACAUUGAGAAACAGAUACAUGUUGAUAAUAAGACUGAAUGUGUCGACAAUAAGACUGAUGCAACUGUAACUAUGCAUCUGAAUGAUGUUGUUCCCGAUGGAAGACCCAGUAGUUCUGAUACGUCUACAUCUGCCUCCAAUGAGGACCUUUUGAAUGGACAAUCAUCUGAUUCCAGACUGAGACGGACUCAUUCACUUGAUCGUGCACCGAUGAAACCUCGUGGCCAUAGACGUCAUCCUUCAAUGACAAUGAGUUUAAUAAAUGAGGAACACACUAUUUUUGAGGACCCAAGAGAGAGUCUGGCCGAGACUAGAGAUCAUUUAUAUGAUAACUGGAGAAAAGAACCUUACACUAAUGCAAUGCCAACUGGUGUGUCACUGCCUGUAAGAAGCAACUUUGACAUUGAUGUUACAUACAAUAUGACAUAUGCCCAGUUGGCUGAACAUCGGAGACAGAAACAUCUGGAAGAAGUAGAGAGAAAAACUGGUAUCAGUGUAGGCCAACUACAGACUGAUCUGGCAGAUAAUAGCAAUAUUCAGUAUAAUCCAUUUCUGCGACAGGCUUCACGUGAGUCCACACGUAGUACCAGCACUGCUAGUUCUGAAACGGGGGUGAGUAAGCGUAAGAAGAAGAGAGCACCUCCUCCUCCAGGUAGUAAAGUUGAGGAUAACACUGACGAGCCGCCUGUUGACUAUGACAUGGAUGAGCCUCCAGUUCCAGUUCUGAAGCAGCACCAACGUCGUAUGUCUGUAGCAUCAAAUGCUUCCAUCCCCAGCACCAAGACAAAAGCAGCUCCGCCACCCCCAAUCAAUGGCUCCAGCAUUCUUAUGGCUCCUACACAGAGUGGGCCAUCAUCUACUGUUCCUGUGGCUGUACCUCCUUCUCCUGCUACUGCUCCUGCUCCAGUUCCUGCUCCAGUUCCUGCUCCUCUCCAGUUCCUGCUCCAGCUCCAGCUCCAGCUCCUAAACAGUCUGUAUCUUCUCCUUCUGCAUCAGUGCCCCCUGAUGUCACCACCACCUACUCAGUCUUCACACCUUCCUCUGCCAACUUCUCUUCCACCUUCUUGUACACCACCUCCAGUCACUGUUAGAUCAGUGGCACCAAGUGACAAAGAAAAGGAAGAAAAACAGGCUAUUAGUAAACUAGAUGAGCUCAUUUCAAGUGAGACUACUGACAACAAACCUAUUGAUUCUGAUGAUGAUGGUUUAGAAAGUGAUAAUGAAAAUGAAAUUGUGAAUAAUCCAACAUCAAAGAGCCCUGAAAAAAGGCUCAAUUCUCUUGUUAAUGGACAUGAUGAGAGUGAAAGAUAUUCUGAAAAAGAACUUGUAUUGAAACCAAAGCUACCAACAAUCAAUCUGCAGAAGCCUAAGGAUCAAAAUGAAAUUUUCCGUGAGCAGUUAGCUAGGGCUUAUGAAGAUCGAGCGAAGAGGAGAGAGGAAGACCUUAAAAGGAAAGAGGAGGAAGAAAGAAAGAAGAAGCUUCUUGAGCAAGAAAAGGAAGAAGAAGAUAUAACUGCAAGGUUAGACAAGAAGCAUGGUGAAUCAGUUGAGAUAUUGAGAAGGUUGAGUCAAGACUUAGACAAGAAAUGGAUCAGUAGUAGCAGAUCACAUUCUCCAGAAGUUUUUUCCAGUCAUGAAACUCAUGAUGAUGAUGACUUGUCAUCAAAAGAAAGCAAAUCUCCAGGACAUUGCAGAGUUUUCUCUGAAGACUGGACACCCGAGCAUGAUCUUGGAUCAGAUGAUGACAUUGAAGACAGACAUACUUCAUACUCGCAUCAAAGAAGCACAUCUGAAGGCUUCAAGUCAUCCAUAGUUCCAACUAAAUUCAAUGCAUUAAAGAAAAAUAGUAAAGGAAAAUAUAUCCGCAAACAGUCUGAAUCAUCAAACGAUGAUAAACAUAAGUAUGGUAGUAUUAGAAAAUUGAAAAAGACAGUAAACAAAAGUGUUAGGAAUGCUUUUGGUUCCUUAAGUCGAGCUUCAGGGAAACUGCUUAGAAAGCAGAAGUCAAUGGAUUUUGAGUCAACAGAUGCUCCUCCUCCUCCACCUCCUCCCUCAAACUGGCAUCUCUCUGCAUCAUCAAAUGAGCUGGAUAGACCGCUGAGGCCACUAGAAAGGCGUUUGUCACAAGGUAAUAUUCUGACUUCAGAAGAGGAGAGCUCUGAUGAAGAGGAGGAAGCUGAACAGCCACAAGGGAUAUCCUCCCAUUUGGAAAUGUUAAAACCUGAACUGAAUGGGUACCUCCCAGGACAGACUAAUUCUUUACAGCGUGGAAAUAUAGGUAUUGAAAAACCAGAGGGGUUGAGACUUUAUAAGAAGAAAAAUAAGAAGAAGAAUGGGUAUGUUCUCAGUACUAACCAAGAGAGAGACCCCAGGGACCUUUUUAUGUCAGAACAAAUCAAAGUGAAGGAGCGUCAGAUUGAGAUGGAAAAACACAAACAGCUUGAGAUGGAAAAGGAGAUGUUGAGACUUAAAUCUCUGGAACAGGAGGAGCGCUUCCAACGUCUCCAGACAGCUCACUUCCAACAGCAGCUGCAGAUUUUGCAACAGAACAUAUCAAGCGGAGAAUCCACCAUCAGUGCUCCCCCACUUCCACCAGCUGGAGGCUUGCCCAGUUACAAUCUGCCUGAAUAUACAGGCCAGUCUCAGCUUUACCCUCAUGUGAUGAAUCAGGGUCAACCUGCUGUCACACAGAGGCUCGACACACGUUUUAGUAAUGGAGCCAAUGUGCCAACUAUGCCCAACCUUACCUCAAUCGAUAUUAACUACCUCAGCAAUCUGAUGAGAAUGAAUGGCGUCCAGCCUCCAACAUCUUCUCAACAAUGGGCAUACUUGUUAAAUUCAGUUAGUCAUUCUGCACAACCAAGGCCAAGCAAGUCCAUGUACAGUGGUCCCGAACUUUCGUCUGAGUCUCGACAACUAAAGAGCAUGUAUGUCACAACUAAUGGUCCAGACCUAACAAAGAUGUUCCAAGGAAGGAGUCUUGAUGAUAAUCAAAUGUCUACUCAGAAGCAUAACAUGAUGGACUUUCUUGGUCCCAAAGGACUAUCACAAAGCUUCUGUAGUCUUGACCGACAGCAUGAUCCUAGUGAGAUAAACAAUCUGCUACAUGAGUACCAGCAGUCAGCAAACCUGCAUGCACCAUCGAUGCCAUCUCUGUCUGAGAAGGCAAAGCAAAGAUCAAACCCAAUGUACUACUCCAGUGAUGAGGAAGAUCUGUCCAGUGGGUUAUCCCCAGCUCGUACAAGUCGAGACCAUGUUGUCAGGGUUCAUGUAAAGGACUUUCGAGACAUCCCUCAGGUUCAGCAACACGAUGCUUACCAGAAAGGUGGCAGUGUUGGAGGGUCUGUGUACACUGCAUACCAUGUUCCAGGACUACCAACACACUUACACAGAUUUCCACGAGAGGAGGAUAGUUCAAGUGGAGCAGAUCGCUAGUCUGACUUGUCAUCUUGGAUGUGUAGAAACAGAUGUCAUCUUGGCUGUGUAGAAGCAGAUGUCAUCUUGGCUCUGUAAAACAGAUAUUUACUGUCGGGCAGUUGGUGCAGUGCUUGCCUUCAUCUUUAUGGUGAUCAUUUUGUUGAGGGGAACAUAAUGUGACGUGGAACGCCCUCCUGGCAUUCAGACUUCCACCCCACUGGAGUGAGGACAUAGUGCAUGAUUGACUAGAUGAUUUACAAAUCAGGCUUACUUUUCAUGUGUCUCGACACUCUCAUGAUUGGCUUCAUCCGUACAAGCUUGGUGGAACCUUAAACCCUACGCAUCACAGGACGACAUGAAGUUAGUGGUGCUUGCCAAGACUUUGACGGAAUUUAGUAUGAACCAAGCAAAAUGUGUAUGAGAAUGUGUAUAGACACUUUCAGAAUGUAUACAGACAAUAUGUUGCAUGUGUACAGACACUUUCAGAAUUUAUACAGACAAUAUGUUGCAUGUGUACAGACACUUUCAGAAUGUAUACAGACAAUAUGUUGCGUGUCUACAAACUGUUUUAGAAUGUAUACAGACAUUCAGUUUGUACAUAGAAAUGCUUGUCAUGUACUCAGGUUUCUUUGAAUAUGGAUGAAAUAAUUCUCGAGGUCAUCAUUUCAACUUUCGGAAAGGUCACAGUUGACCCCUACUGGUUGGCUUGCCACAAGUAUGAUCAACACUGGCUUGCCACUAGUAUGAUCAACACUGGCUUGCCACUAGUAUGAUCUACACUGGCUUGCCACUAGUAUGAUCUACACUGGCUUGCCACUAGUAUGAUCAACACUGGCUUGCCACUACAACGAUCAACAUUAUUUGCCAUGGUAUGCUAAACAAGGCUGCCACUUGUAUGAUGAGCAAGAUGUCUCACUGGUUUGGGCUAUACUGGAAAAUGUGUGAAAUGUCUGUCUGCCGUGUGAAGGCAUUCUUCAUGUAUUGUGUAUUUAAAACAGUAGAUUGUAUUCAGGACAGGGGAAAAAUGGAAGUAAAAAGGCUGGUCUUUAACAACAGCCAGACAUCUACUGUUUCUGUCUAAUAAACAAGAAACAGUCGAGUUGUAAGAGUUUCUGAUUUCUGACAAAUGAAAUGGUUUUACUACUAACAUAAUGUGUGUGUGGAGGAAGUGGACAUUUGUUGUAAUUACACUGAAGGAUCAAUGUGCAAUAUGAAGAGAUGAGAUUUACCUCCUUUUUCAGUAAGUGUAUGAAAAUAUUUUUGUGAUGACAGAUUCCACAAUUAGAGUUGUAAUCAUAUUUUAUAGCUGUGUAUGUUUGUUCUUCUCCUGACUGUGGUCUUGUAAAACGUUUGUGACCCACA